AUGGGAAUGUUCUCAAAAUUUGUCUGUUUUACAAUUGGUGCUUAUGCCGGUGUUUAUUAUGAUCAAAAUUAUGAAGUCCCAAAAGUACCUGAUCCUGCCUCUAUACCAAAAAAGAUAGAAGAAUUUUUGGAACGUUAUAAAAAAUAG